GAGGAGGUGGGGAGGACACAGGCUCCAGCCCAGGCAGUUACACGUUUUCCCCCCAGGAGCCUCCGUGGUCAGCGCGGCUCGGGGUCAGAGGCGGAGCGGUGGCCAUGGCCGGGCUGGCGCUGUCGCCCAUGCCCAGCAGCUGGCUGGUGGUGGUACUGCUGCUGCUUUCAGCAGACGAGAUGGUGCCAGCAGCCAAAUCAGAGAACGUGGACCUCAAAGGAAGCGCUUGUUCCCGAAUCUGGCAGAACCCUCGUUUCGUGGCCAAGAAACGGGGCUCCAUGGUGGAAAUAAAGUGCUACACGGAUGACCUCGGCAACGUGAGCUGGCUCCGGAAGCAGGAGACGGACUUGGAGCCCAAGCCACUGCUGAAAGAGGACCGCAUCCAACGGACUCAGAACGGCUCUGUCGCUACCCUCAUCAUCCGAGGCAUCCAGUUUCAGGACAAUGGCAUCUACUUCUGCCUGCAGAACUGCUUGAAGGGGUCGCCCACCCAGGGCUGUGGCACCGAGCUGCGAGUCAUGGGAUUCAGCACCUUGGAGCAACUGAAGCGACGGAACACACUGAAAGAUGGCAUCAUCAUGAUCCAGACACUGCUCAUCACCCUCUUCAUCAUCGUCCCCAUCUUCCUGCUGCUGGACAAGGAUGACAGCAAAGCUGGGAUGGAGGAAGAUCACACCUAUGAGGGCCUGGAUAUUGACCAGACGGCCACCUAUGAGGACAUAGUGACUCUGCGGACAGGGGAGGUGAAGUGGUCGGUGGGUGAGCACCCAGGCCAGGAGUGAGGGGCUGGCCCUCCCCGUGCCCCUGCCGGGCCCUCAUUGACUGCUUUGGAGCCGCCCCGCCCCAGACGUGCCCUCUUCCCUGGAUCCCCAUCAGCCUCUGAAGCUGGCCCACCAGAUCCAUCUGCCCCUCCAGCCCCUGAUCCCCAGCUCUUGCCAAAGAGACUGGAGUGGAAGGGCCACAGGACAGUGAUUUGGAGCGGGGGAUCCUCGGGGGAUAGACUGGACCCAGCCUUCUGGAGGUGCUGGGCAGGCAUCCGCCCCAUGGUCUGGAUGGGGGAGGCAUAGACUUGCCUGGAAGCUGCAAGCGGACUCAGAGCACACAGCUUUCCUGCAGAGCCUGGGAGGGGCCAGGGCCCACCCCCCACCCCUCCUUGGCUGCAGGUGGGCUGCAGAGAGCCUCACCUCAUUCCCAAGCUCUCCUAUCCUCUCCUGCCCCAGGGGGCUCCCAGCCGUGAUCCCAUUCUCGUGUG